GAGGGUUCUUCCGGUGUCAUGGCGCUAAAGUUCGUGCUCUGAGCAUAUUGCUAAGAGCCCCCUGGUUUGCUUGGCCACCUUCUGUGACUUUUACUGGUUGAGCGCUGCAUAGGAAGGACUCCAGGAGAGCCUGAAGCCACGCAAUGGAAUAUGGCAGAGUGGUAAGCAGCAACAGGUCAGCCCUUCCAAGAUUGGGAGGCCAGAUGCUGGAGUACAGCAACUUGGAGAAAAGAAAAAGGAAGGAGGAGGCAGUGACCUUUGAGGAUGUGGCUGUGAACUUCACCAUGGAGGAGUGGGUUUUGCUGAAUCCAUCCCAAAAGAAGCUCUACAGAGAUGUGAUGGAGGAAACCUUUAGGAACAUAGUUGCUAUAGGAAGAGCCUGGGAUAACCAGGAAGUUGAAGAAGAUUACAAAAAUUACUGGAGAAAUCUAAGAAAUGAAGAGGUAGAGAAGUGCUUUCAAAAUAAAGGUUGGAAUCAGUUUGAAGAAAUAUUUCUUUGUACUCCAGAUGCUAAUGUAGACAAGAAACAAGCUGGUUUAACACCAGCUGAAAGCCUUGCUUGCAAAAAACCCCCGAUUGGGCAUUUGUCACUAAAUGUCCCCAUCAUAGCUCACACUGGACUGAACACAUCUGACUUGGGAUUGGAAGAGAUGUUUUAUUGUUGUGAUGAUGGUGGAACCUCUUGUUUUCCGUUCUUUUCGGAGGGUUGCAAAACCAAGGCUUGGGGGGAACCCUUUUGA